AUGUUAAACGGGCAGGAGCCCAACAUGAAUGGUCUUUCCCUAGAGGCCAACGAUCGACUUAACGCUUAUUUCUCACUGGACAGUGAACGACAGGCCUUCAUGCGAACUAUUCUGCAAAGAAUCGAGGCAGAUCAACAGAGGAUAUCUGACUUGGAGCUUGACCUCGAAGAUCAGAAGAAAUCUCGGGCUUCAUACCAGGCCCAGUCCAUCAAUCUGGACAAUGAGCUCCAAAGACAGCGCCAGAAAGUUAGCAAAGGCUCAUUUGUCGUCGUGCUGAUCGAUGGCGACGGUGCCAAGUUUAGAGAAGAAUACCUUCGCGACACCAUUGGUGGCGCUGAGAAGGCCGCGUUGAAACUCAAGCAGGCUGUCCGAGACAAUUUUAGAGGAACGAGCCUCGGUCACGAUGACAUUCCCAUCCUCGUCCGAGUCUAUGCUAAUCUGAACGACUUGUCCAAGUCGCUGCGCAUGUCCCAUGUCAUCGACUAUGAUGACGACAUGCGCUUGUUUGCCGAGAAAUUCACCAACACCCGUGCCGACUUUGACUUCAUCAACGUCGGUAAAGGCAAAGAGAAUGCUGAUGCUAAGAUGAGACGAAUGCUUAGUCACUACCAAAACAACAUUCAGUGCAAGAAGAUCUUCCUGGCUGGAUGCUGCCACGAUAAUGGCUACCUCCACGAUCUCCGAGAUUAUGCUGGCAUUGCGGAUAAUAUAGUACUGAUAGAGACAACCCCUGCCGAGUCGGGCUUCAGAUCCCUUCAGUUCCCCAUUCUACGUUUCGACGAGGUUUUCAGAUCAGAACCGUUGAACAACGAGACAAAGCGUGUGGUCCAGACCAUGCCCAUCAGGAGCUACUCGCCUCCGCAGUCAACGCCUGGUCCGAUCGCACGACCCAUUCAUUUUGUACAGAAGCCUCCUCCUGGCUUUUCGCCUAUCUAUCCUGAACAGGCAACGCCAGUAAUGAAGACCAUGAUGCCUACUCCUGCCUCACCGGGUCAGACCAACUCUACCGUUGGUCGCCAACCUCAACUUUCGCCUCAACCUGCAUCUCAGCCGACGCCUCAACCUCAGGGGCCUGCGCGUACACCGAGUGUCAUCAGCUCCGGCAAUGGAGGUACCUCGAUCAGUUACGCAACGGCAGGCGGAGCCGUGGACCACCGGAACGUCACCGUCAAGACCUCGAAGCCCAAGAAGCAAUCCAAAGCUAUAUUUUACAACGAUGACCAACAUCGGGUCGAUACGCAAAUCUCGCAUCCGCCAAGAACCCAGGCGCAGACGUCUUACCAGGCCAAGUUUCAGACUAUCAAGCCGUCCGUCUUUUGCAAUGACCAUUAUCUCAAGGGCAGCUGCCAGUGGGCAAAUAAAUGCGACAAGACUCAUGACGUAGAGUUGACCAGCGCUGAGCUUGCCAUUCAUCGCUACAAGGCUCGAACAAGUCUUUGUCCGGCCGGUCCUUGGUGUGUCGACUAUGGUUGCUACCUCUCCCAUCAUUGUCCUCGUGAACACUGCACUCGUGGGGACAUGUGCCCAUUUUCAUAUACCGAUAGAUAUGGAGAUUUGCACUAUUCCAAGGAGCAGCUCCAGCCCGCUACCAAAUGGACGGAAGGAGUUGAUAUACCCGAGCAUGUGUGA